AUGGAAGAUGAGCCUGUUCCAGAUCUCCUAAGCAAAAAGGAGCUUCUGAAGAGCAAUUGGGAUGAUGAGGAUUUGGACGAAGAUGGUAUCAAGGAUUCUUGGGAAGUUGAAGAGGAGCCUGCGAAGCCGCUUCCACCUCCUGAAAAGGCUGUUAAAAAGACUGCAGCAAAACCAGAUGAAAAGAAGGUGAAAGCUGUUGAAGCCAUACAAGAGGUGCCUUUAGAUCCUUUAGAAGAAAAACUUCGGCAGCAGAGGUACCAUCUUCAUUCUCGUGCUACUACAGAAUUGUUUUCCAAGAAGGGUGAUGAAAAGACUCUGGAUAAUUUUAUUCCAAACAGCGAGAGUGACUUUUUGGAAUAUGCAGAACUCAUCUCUCAUAAACUUCGUCCAUAUGAGAAAAGCUAUCACUACAUUGGUCUGCUCAAGGCUGUUAUGAGGUUGUCAUUGACUUUUUUGAAAGGAGCAGACGCCGAAGAAGUUGCCUCGUCCAUUACUGCAAUAAAAGCUGAAAAAGAAGCCAAUGCAAGCAAAAAGAAGACAGUUGGAAAGAAGAAACAAUUGCUUUCAUUGUAUGUGAUGGUUAUGAUGGUUAUGAUGACUAUGAUUUUAUGUGAGCCAACAUUGUUUCCAUAUGAGCACAUGAAGAGAAUCCUGCGGCCUGUUUCAUUGUAUGCUAAUUUGAAGAUGGAUUGUAGUAACAUUUUUUUGUUUUUUGAUGCAAUAACUGAAUAAGGAGAUCUACUUUGAGAUUUUGUUUUAAUGUAUGCUGAUUGGA